AUGGCAAAUUCAACUUCAGCAUUCAGUCGCGCGGUCCGCGAGUUCGCAGAUAAGUCCACGAAGAAAAAAGUGCCGAGCUUUAUCAAAAGUUUCCUGGAGGGUACCCCACUCUCGUCUGUGGAAGAGAUCCAUCAUUCUGUUCUUGAACUGGAAAAACAAUGCUCUCGGCGUGUUCCUCGCAGGAGGUUGCGACCUCUGAUCACAGUACUGAAGGACUAUGACGGAGUUAUCAGCACUUUGUGUCAGGCCGAUCCAAUGCCAUCAGCACUAAUUUGGGGUGGUUUGAAGGCGGUUAUGGAGUGCAUACACCGCUACGAUAGUCUCUUUGAGAAGAUUGAGACCCAGUUGAAGAGCCUUGCACGUCAGAUGAAACGACUGAAGGACUAUGAGCAACUGUUUCCCGAGUCUGAAGAAAUGCAAGAGCUACUGGUAUCUUCGUACAUUGGCAUCAUCAAAUUCUGGGCGAGAGUUGAGGAGCAGUGCUCAACUUCAGCACUGCUUCUGGCUGGAAAAGCCCUCGCGUCUUUCAGCACCAAGAGGCUAGACGAGAUUCUGGCAGAGAUGUCAGAGGACUGUGACUGCAUUGGAAAGCUUGUUCCCAUCAUCCAGGAGCAUAUUCGUCGAGGAGAACAAGCCGAUGCUACAAUAGAGCGUCAGAGAGCUGGCAUUGUAUUGGAGCAAGUACUCAGAAACCAGGCGCAAGCACGUGAAGGUCAGCCUCAUUCCUCCUUCGGCCUGCACGAAAACCGAAGAAGAGAAGUCCGUAAAUGGGUCACAGGCCAUGACUCGCUGAACGAGAGCAACCACCGACUACAGACACGACUACACGAAAGGCAUCACACAGGCACAGGAGCUUGGCUUUCUCACAACACCAAGUUCGUGCGGUGGCUAAGACCAGACUCAGGUUCCAACGUGCUCUGGCUCGUUGGUGGAUCCGGGUUUGGCAAGUCCGUUUUAUGUGCGCAUACGAUUGAAAAUUUGGGGUCGCAAGAGCCAAACUCAAUGGUUGCAUUUCACUACUUCAGCUUCGACGAGCCUCAACAACCCCUAACAAUUUAUCAAAACAUUGCCGAUCAACUGUGCUUUCAGGUAUAUGGCCCGAGCUCAGAAGAAGAGGCCUCCGAUCACGUCUCAGAAGCCAUUCAAGGGAAUCUCGAUGUAACGAGUUUGCAAAACCUGAUCAGAAUCUUGGUUACAGAGUCAAAAUCAACUUACAUCUUUUUGGAUGGCCUCGACGAGGAGUAUUUAGACAAAGGUCGAUUCUCAAGCGCAACCAAAGCGGUCUCGUUCUUCAUGGAUAUCGCGACACAAGACCUGUCAGGGCUAAAGCUUUGGUGCAGUUCUCAGGAUCGCCGAAAAAUCAAGGACUUGUUUGACAACUCAGAGGUCAUACAUGUCAGUUCCUCUGAUAAUGGUGGAGAUAUUGAGGCAUUCGUUGGUUCAAGCUUGCAGUCCGUUGACUUCGAAGACGUAGAGCUCGAGACAAAGGCGGAGCUUUUGACGCGUCUACGAAGCCAGGUGCAAGGCAACUUUCUGUGGGCAGCUAUGAUGGUAGAGUCGAUGGAGAUCGCAACUAGCACACGCGAAAUUUGGAACGUUGUUGGAAAAGGAUUACCCGAGGACUUUGAGAAGUUUUUGGAGAAGAGAAUUCGGGCAUUCAAGCCGUCUCAUCACCCCUUCAUCAGCAAUGUUUUUUCCUGUAUUAUCCACGCCAGGAGACCCUUGGCCCUACCAGAGCUUUGCGAGGCUGUAGAGAGUUCCAGCCUGAACACCGGUGAGGAUAUACACCCAGACAGUCGAGUUUUCCGCGGUAAGCUUCUCGACAUAUGCGCCCCUCUGGUACGCAUCGACACCAUUCCCGACAGCUCCUCGGAAAAGGAAAUUUGCACGCUUUCACAUUCAUCAGUCAGGAUGUUUCUCAUGAAAAACCCAUCGAUUCUCGCGUGUCGCAUAGCACCAGAGGUCAUGGCCUUGGGCUGCCUCCAAUACCUGCAGCAGCCUAGACUAAGAUGUCUGAUGACAGAAACGGAAAGAUUGUUGAUGCCACAGAAAAACGGGUCCAGUGUGGGCCAACAUCUGUUGCAGUACGCCGCGCAAUAUUGGAACAGCCAUCUGGAUGAUCUUCCGUAUUCCCACCAACUCUGCCAAUCUGUGGAGAAGUUUAUCAAGUCUCACAACUUUCAUUUGGUACUCAAAGUCUUGGCCAUCAACGGGAGUCAUAAGUUGAAUUCGCUGGAAACGAGAUCAACAAAGGACAUAAUCCCCAAAAGCUUUCCGCAUUGGUUUACUGAGCAAUAUCACUCUGGAAAGGUCCUUCACGAGCAACUACAAUACGCCCUCAGAGAAUGGCAUGUGCAUCUCACAAUGGAUAGCUUCCGGCUCAGUGAGUAUCCCGGCCGGAUCGAUCGAUGCCUGUGGCCUACUCUUCCGAAGAACAAUUUUCUUCGCAAAGCACCUUGCUCUUUCAAGGCCUUCAUCCUCGAGAAGUCAGGUUUUGAAGGAUUCUCUGCCACUGAUUCGAUAUAUCAACGAACCAACUCACAGGGCACAGAAGUCGAUAUAUUCAUUCUAAAACGCGCACAUGAGGAUGGAUCAGCGGCUUCUGUACUCUGUGAGCGCUGGACCUUGUCUCCUAGCAUGGGGCGGCCAAAGCUCAAACAUCAAAAGAAAAUGCAAAUCCUCUCUGAUUGCUUGAAGUUUUAUCCCCCCGAGGUUGAGAGACAGAACAGCAUGAGAGUCAACGCCGUAGAAAGUACAGAAGAUGGUCGGAUCCUGCGAAUUGGUUCCCACAUUUGCCUCUCUCCCCUCUCGACUGACUCCGAUCUGACGUUGGUCAACGCGCCAGGAAACGCUAUGACCUACGUCGAGGAAAUUGCCUGCAAUGGACUGUAUUAUGCUGUUGCGACGCGUCGUCAGGGAGUUGAAGGUGGCUUUGCAGACACGGCCCCGGAGUCCAAGGGCGUGGUCGAAACGGGGACUCCAACCGCUCACCACCGUCCAGCCAGCGGCAGAACAGGAUCUGAAGAGAGAUCUAGCGGCAACUCCUCGCAGAGUGAAGCGUGCUCUAACAGCGCCCACUACAGUGGGGAGGAGGAAGCACAGAGUUCCUCCUCCGACGCGGAUCACGAAUGUCAUCUAUCUCGUUUGCCGUCUGGCGACGACAUGGAAGAUUCUCUCCCUGAAAUAGAAGACUCUAGUGUCUCUUCACCCUCACUGUCGGCCUUCGAAUCCUGGAGCGAGGGCUCUACGGAAGAGAUGUCUAACGAGAUAGACGAAGCCUUGGUAUGGGAUGGUCAAGACCCGAGCGACAACGACCGAAGCGUUUACGACGAGGUCGGCGACAGCACGCAGUCCUCCCCCUCGAGCGACGAUGGUUACAACUCAUCUCCAGGGUCCAUGUCUUCCAAGAAAAGCAGUCUUCUGUCAAUCAGGAGUCGUAUAUCCUCUGUCAGAGACGGCUCCGGUAGAGACAGCUCUGGUGCGUCUGAUUGCACCGAUUCGUCGAGCGAAUAUGAGCCUUCUUUCAUUGAAUUCGAUGGCGACGACUUGGCAGAUGCCAUGGUAACAAAAGUGAAGAAUUUCUUAGCCCCGGAACAGCCCAGGGACAAGCAACAAAGUCUGAUGGAAAUACGUAUCUUACCCUUUUCGCCAAAAGAUAUAAACGCCAAAGGGCAAGUUUUUCGGUAUGCCUGCCAUUCCGACAGAAUCACUCUGUACGAUUCGCCGCCAGUGUUUCAUCCCACUGAAAAAUUGGCAGUCUGGCCUCUUGGAAACGAAGAAGUCCUUUUUGCCGACUUUGGAAGGAACAAGUACUUCGUGCGUCGACUCCAAUCACAAUACCAUACAGGUUGCCAAGUCUGCAUGCACUGUCGCUUUUCAGCAUGCGGACAAUAUCUACAUGUUGCCUCCCUUGUAGGCACUGUUAGAGAGAACAAGACCCAUGAAGAGGCACUUUACCUUACUCUUCACAUCUCCACUUGGAGGCUAUCGUCUGGCAAGCCUACUAGGAGCCCUCCAAGACUUGUACAUCGCAUCCCUCUCUUCCUCAAACCUGCAAUGUAUACACAAGAGUGGAAGUUUUCAUUGUCAAGUAUCCCAUACAACCUGAACUGGACGGCCUCUCAAGUUUUUGUCUCUACCAGUUUGUUCAACCUGGCAGUGCACCGCAUUCCACUGUUCAAAAAAAUAGAGAAUCGUGAAGAGACAGGCGGUAUAAGACUGGCGAGCAGCUUGGCGUGCUUCCCAUUUUCCGCCACGUCAAGGAAAAUAUCUUUUCAUGCUAAUCCCGAAGAAAAUGCAGGCGAUGGUGAUGACGAAAAAGGAAAACACGUUUCGAAAACCAAUCCAAAACAACAGGAAAGAAAGGUUGCUGCUCAUGUCAUCAUAUCUGCUGUUAACACGACCAUAAUUGGUGCAAGGAUCGGACGGUUGAAAGAGUCACCUCUGAAGAUGGCUGUUGUUGAAAGCACACUCCCGCAAGUACUGCAACUAGAAUCGGAAGCCUUGGUUUGGGGAAAUCCCGACAUGGCGUCCAGUUGGAAGCCUGAACUUAGCAGGCUGAAGAUGGUACUCCGCUCAGUUAUGGCUGAGCGGCUUAAAGACUUUGAGGAGCGUCAAGAAUUCUCAAAGCGUAACCAGGCAGGCAAAUAG